AUGGUUGUGAAACACAUUCAGCGGAAACUCGAUGAGAAGUCUGAGAAGCAUAGAGCGGAGCUAGACCAAUUACGCAAAAUUGCGUCGCAAUUGCAGCUGUCGCCUAAUGUCAUGGUAAUGCCUUCGACAUCACAGUUUGUUGGCAUGAACACAAUCCUUCAAGACCCAAAAACGGAGCAAGUCGACUUCGUCUUUUACUUUGACCGACUCGCUUCCUUGCUCAUAGAGAAGGCCUUGGACUGUACCUCGUAUGUUCCAGCUGGGGUAGAAACACCUCAGAAGACUACCUAUCAGGGUUUGAAUCCGGAAGGUAUAAUAUCUGCUGUUGCAAUCCUGCGAGGAGGCUCUUGCCUUGAGACUGCCCUAAAGCGCACUAUUCCUGACUGCAUUACUGGUCGCGUGCUCAUUCAAACCAAUGCACAGAAUGAAGUACCGGAGUUGCACUAUCUAAAAUUGCCUGAAAAUAUCCAGAAGCAUACUACAGUUAUGCUACUUGACCCCCAGAUGUCCACCGGAGGAGCUGCUCUGAUGGCCGUUCGAGUGUUGAUUGACCACGGCGUGGAAGAGCACAAGAUUGUCUUUGUGACAUGUGCCGCGGGAAAGAUAGGGCUAAAGCGUCUCUCGACAGUGUACCCGAAAGUUAGGGUCAUUGUAGGACGGAUCGAAGAGGAGCAAGAGCCUAGAUGGAUGGAGAGAAGAUACUUUGGCUGCUGA